AGCACAAGGAUAGGGUUCGUACACGUUCCGGAGAAGACGGCGAGCCAAAGGGACCAAGAGAGACCCGCACACAAUUCACCCCAAAAUCUAAUGUUUAAGAUCCAAGUGUCUCGAUUCCGGGAUCAAAUUGUCAAGUGUCGCGCGUGUCAUCGGCAGGCAGCGAUCGCCCCGAAUGCGAUCGCUCGUCGAGGGUGGUGAUCAGGAAUGCGCCCGCGAGGACGUUUGACUCGUCGCCGGAAGCAAUCUGAUUGCGGUGAACGUGCUCUCGAUUCGCGCGAACGGUGGGCGUCGUCGCGCAUUAAUCGCGACGAUGGUGAUCGAUUGACGCCGCCUUAUCCGGUAGAUCUGUCGGUUCGAGGUCGCUCGAGUGACGAUAAUACGUGACUUCGCGAUAUACGCAUACCCGGGGAUUAUCAGUGAGCGCCAAUCUAGUUUGGCCCGCAUGGAUUAACUAACGAACAGUGUGAGUCACCGUAUUCGACGACCAGUGAAAGGAAAGUCUCUCGCGGACCAGUGUUGGAGUUGUUGUUGGAUAUAAUUUGGAUCCGUCGGCGAGCAACGCCGGAAUUGUCGAUCGAUUUUGUUAAAAGGCAAAGUGAAAUCACGACCUUUCCAGACGAAAAUCUUGAUGAAAACGUUAGAAAAAUUAGGAACACGACGUUUCCAUUAGAAACAUCCUGUACGCCAUUGAAAACUCAGCAGGAUUCGACCCUUUCGGGUACCGACGGGUCUGUCGACGCAAAAAGAUACGUUCGUUUUCGAUCCAUAGUCACGAAAAAAUUCUGACAGUUUGAAAAUUGCGCCGCAGAAGGCACCAGGUAGAGACGUCGAUCUACCUACGAUCGUUACAAGGACAAACAACGGAUAAUUGUUGCAAUAACGCGUUAAUCGCAAUCUCCCUUCAAGGACGAGUGGUUGGUUCCCUCGAAAACGGACUAUGUCCGCCGUUAUCGCCCGUUAUCGUCCGUACCAGCGGUACCGCAAGCAGGGUGUCAGACGAACCGAUCUGCCUUGAUCCUGGAAGACAACUUCCUGACGCGACAGCUGGCCCUGACAGCGGCAACAGCAGCAGCAGCAGCAGCCGCCAGCAAGAUGCCGGAAAAGGAGGUCGCUUAUCAGGAGGCAUUCUCGUUGCUGCCGCCACCGCCACCGCCGCAUCAUUCGCAUUCGGCCUUCCACGCGACCUUAUAUUCGCACCCUCAUUCGGCGCCUCCGCCACCGUUUCAUCCGCAUCACGCGCCGCCGCAUCCGGUCACUUCCUGGGAGCAUCAUGCGGCGGCGGCCGCCUUUGCUUUCCAUGCACCGCCACCUCACCCAUUGUCCGGCGGCACCACCGCGAUCGGAACAUCCGGAAACGGCAGCGGAAGUGGCAACGGCAACAACGCUGGCGGUGGUGGCGGAGGUGGGACUGCGGGCAACGGGACUUCCGGCGGUGAUUUCCUACGCAGAAGUCAUCCCCUCUCGGAACAUACGGCCCUGCAUCCCGCGUACCGGAUCAACUACAUGGACCAUCUCUACCACCAGCUCCAGGCCUCCACGCACAGUCCCAACGCCUCGUUACACGGACUGGGUGGUUUGGGGCCCGAGUAUCUGUUACACGCGGCAGGUCCUGCCAGCACUCUCGCCUCGUCCGAAUUCCCGUUCUCCAUCGAUGCAUCGUCGAGACUAGGAAGCCCGAGAGCCUCGGCAAUCAGAGCAAGUCGGAAAAGAGCGCUGAGCAGUUCACCGUAUUCGGAUAGAUUCGACAUCGACAGCAUGAUUCGGUUCAGCCCAAAUAGCUUAGCAUCCAUCGUGAACGGUUCGAGAAGUAGUAGUGCUAGUGGAAGUUACGGGCAUUUAUCCGCUGCGAUGAGUCCAGCGUUGGGUAUGCAUCCUAGUAUGACGCCGCAUCUGCAACAGAUCCAGGCUCACCUUUUGAGGAGCGCGGCCGUGGCGACGCUCUUACCUCACACGCAUCCCCUGCAGCCGCCUGCGCCUCCGCCGCCGCCGCAUCCGCAUUCUCACUCGCACCAUGGACUAUCUCCCCAUUCGCAAUUGUACGCCGGCGUGCCGCCCCAUUCCACGUCGUCGGCGACGCUGAGCCCACACGGAGCCGUCGGGGUGCCUCCGAAGAGCGAGAGUGCAGAGUCGUGUAGAAAAGCGUCGGAAUCGUCGACACGCUCGGUGACAGCCGAAGCCGACACCUCGUCAAGGCGGACCGCCACCAAAGUCAAGAGGGAACCAGCGACGACUACCACCAACGCGACCACGACCACCGCCCCACCGAGCCAUCCUCAGGGUCUCAGUCCGAGCGAAGACCUGAGAGAUGAACCUGGUGAUUUCAUCGAGACGAAUUGUCAUUGGCGAGACUGCGGUCUCGAGUUUCCCACCCAGGACGAUCUUGUAAAACAUAUCAACAACGAUCACAUACACGCCAACAAGAAGAGCUUUGUUUGCGGUUGGGAGGAAUGCUCGAGGGAGGAAAAACCCUUCAAGGCUCAGUACAUGUUAGUCGUGCACAUGAGAAGACACACGGGAGAAAAACCUCACAAGUGUACCUUCGAGGGUUGCUUCAAAGCCUACUCACGAUUGGAGAAUCUGAAGACUCAUCUUAGAUCUCAUACCGGCGAGAAACCAUAUACUUGCGAGUAUCCAGGCUGCAGCAAAGCUUUUAGUAACGCCAGCGACAGAGCGAAACAUCAAAACAGAACGCACUCCAAUGAGAAACCGUACGUCUGCAAAGCUCCUGGUUGCACAAAGAGGUACACGGAUCCCUCGUCGCUGCGAAAGCACGUCAAGACCGUUCACGGCGCCGAGUUUUACGCGAACAAGAAGCAUAAAGGCGGCGGUGGUGAUGGCGGUGGCAGCGACGAAGCCGGCGCAGGCGGUCACAGUCCUAGUAGAAGCGAGGAUCUUCAUCCGAAGACGCCUAGCCUCUCUAGUCCCAGCGUCAAGUCCGAGAGUGAAGCUAAUAGUCCGCCCAGCAUAAUGCAACAACAGGGCAGUCCGUUGAUAGGCGGUUGCAAUGACGAGGUCGCCGGAGUAGGUGCUCUUACUGGCGACGGAAUUGCUCUCGCCGAGGAACCAUGGAACGAGGAACCAGAUGAUCUAGAUAUCGCCGAUCUUCCUGUAGCGCUACGUGCCAUGGUCGCAGGCGGUAUGGAAUCGCAGCAGCAGCAACAAGUGUCAGCGCCCACUUCAAGAAAUCGUCUGAAAGGAAGACUGAACGCCAAAGGUGUGCCGAAUAUGCCGAUCGGCGUAGCGAAUGUGCGAGGAAUUCGCGGUGGCACACUUCAGGGUAAUAUCGGCGACCUUAAUCGAAGAAUCACCGAUCUGAAAAUGGAGGGCGGCGGUGGACAGACACGGCAGACGAGUUUGUCCGAUCUCCAACUGAGGUUGCAACCGCUCGGCGAACCGCGAAGAGAUAGCAGUAGCACAGUCAGCACCUAUUACGGCAGUAUGAAAUCCACAGAUUUCGGUAGCAGAAGAAGCAGUCAGGCGAGUGCCGUUAGCGCCGUAAGAAUGGGUCCCACGGGACCUGAGAGUUUUUACGAUCCGAUCAGCCCUGGCACGUCUAGAAGAAGCAGUCAGAUGAGCACCAUUUCCGGCAGACUUAAUCCACCGAAUCAUCUUCAAGGGCCUUACUCGACGAGUAAUCUCGUCGUUCAAACGCAAAAUAUGUCCCUUCAGAAUCUUCAGGCAAUGCCAGGCGACUGGAACAAUCCGAGCGGUCAUUGUACGCAACCAUCAAGUGAUCGACGAAUGUCUGAACCUAUUCGCAGUAACCAGGCCCAAAGAACUUCCCCUCCGAUUCCCUCCAGGCCAAGAUCGGCACAGUUGCCCGAGCUACAGCCUGAGCUUCAUCCCAAUCAAGAGGUAAUCCUAGACGAGAUGGGUGAAGGUGAAAUGGUAGAAAACAAACUGGUUAUUCCUGACGAGAUGAUGCAGUAUUUAAAUCAGGUUCAAGCAGGUGGGAAUCAAGUUAGCUAUCGCAGCAGUCCUCUACCAAUUUGCCAAUCGCCGAUAUGCACGAAUCCUUUGCAUUACCAACGACAGAUGCAACCCACGUGUAAUUAUAAUCAAUCACAUCAGCAGAACUGUUAUCCUACCCAGCAAGUCGCACAGCAACCCUGUCCGAACUAUCCAAACUCUUCUGCCGCGUCUUACGGUCAAUGUCCGAGUUCACGUACUCAACUUUCGUCGCAGUAUUGCCCGCCGCCGAGUUACGGAUCCCAAGCAACCAGUAGACAAGUAGCGAGCCCAGCGUCAGCUCAAGUCAUGUCUCCAAGUUCUCAUUAUGCUUCGUCUCAUUUAAGUGAUCAACCGCUGACGUCUCCCGCGGCUGGCGCGUUGGCGCCACAGCACGCGCCACAAAACUUGCCUCAGAAUUCCGCUCAACUCACUAGGAAUUGUGCCCAAAAUCAUGCACAUCAUGCUUACUAUCCGGGUUAUGGUUGCACCGGUCAAGUUAACGCAAACUGCACCGGUAACGCCACCAGCCAAGUCAAUCAUCAUUCCAACCAGACUUGCACACCGUCUAAUCACACGAUGCAAAUGCAGCUAACAGCUAACAAUUGUCAACAAUUGUCGCCACAUCCACCGACUGUUGCCCAUCCAAAUACGCAGUGUACCCAGGCUUCCGGUCAGUGCGCGAGGCCUAUAGUAACACCCAAUAGUCAGAUAUCCAACGUGCAUUCUGCGCAACAGUCUCCAGUAACCAAUCAAUGUGGUCCAAUGUCGCCGCAUUGUUCUCAGUUGAACCUCGCGAAUCAAAAUAAGCCGAUAAAUGCACUCGCGACAAAUCUUCAAAAUUGUCAACAAUCUCAACAGUCGACACCCUGCUUGCAAAUCACUAAUUGCGUUCAUCCCAGUGGCGCACAUCGUCAAGGCAAUGAUGGGGCUGUUUCGAAAAGAACAUCACCACAGUUUUGCAACGCUCAGCAGACCAAUUGUAGAAUGCAACAGCAGCAGCAACAACAACAAACCUGUGCACAUAAUUGUCAAACGCGCAGCAAUCUUCCGGCUCAUCAACAGUACAAUUGUAACUGUCCGUGGUCUUAUGGUGGAAAUCAAUGUUACCACGAUCAACACGGCGGACCAUUGCCGGAGAUACAGUGCAGGGAUAUCAGUCAGUCACAGCAGGGCUCGCCGGUGAAGCCACCUCAAGGUAUGAGACAGGAUUCUUAUCGCAGGACAUUGGAGUAUGUCCAACAAUGCAGGAAUUGGUCCGGCAACGCACAGACUCACGAAACCAAUGUCUCCAGUUCGACGCAUCCUAUACCUUUACCGCAAGCUCUACCAGCUAGUACCAAUAUGGUUAUGAACGACAUGACGUCUUCACUUAGCUCUUUGCUAGAAGAAAAUAGAUACUUGCAAAUGAUCCAAUGACCCGUAUCUACUUAUGAGGAAUGCGAGUUUAAUUUCACUAUCGAUCGAUGAAGUCAUAAUUUGCCACUUGAUAUUAUACAAUAACAUAAAUCAGUAUCAGAUUGUUCCUCCUUGAUAAAGUGAGCUAAAAUGUUCACGAAACGUUGGAAUCAAACACUUUACGCAGUAGUAGUAUAAAUCAUAUGAUCAAGAUAAACAUUAUAUUUUACAUAAAGGAAAUUAAAUUUAUGUUUAAUAUAGGGUGUAUACUUCCUGGAAAAACCUGGAAAACCUGUAAUUCUCAGGGAAUUUUGUUCUACCUUGAAAAAUCCUGGAAUUAUCAUGGAAUUUUAUUUGAACUCAGAGAAUUAAAAAAAAAUGCCUCUUUGAUUUUAAAAUAGUUAUAAAAAAUA